CGCAGUCCAGCUAGACUAGACUAUACCUCAUCACCACGCUCUUCAGCAUCCACUGUGUUCUUCAGCACCAUCAGCAGCCUCCAGGAUUUCAUCUUCAAAGCACAAAAUGUUCAGUGCUUCCAGUCCAGAGACUCACCCAAUGCAAGUUGCUCCCGCAGGCUCUGAUGCAGACAGGAUUGUAGUUAACGUUGGUGGUGUGCGUCAUGAAACACACAAGAGCACCCUCAUGUGCAUCCCUGGCACACGCCUGGCCAACCUCGUCUCUGACGCCAGUGCUGACCCACUGAAACACCCGACCUCUGAGUUUUUCUUCGACCGGGACCCGAAAGCAUUCGCCCCCAUCUUAAACUACUACCGCACCGGGAAACUGCACUGCCCGGCAGACGUGUGCGGUCAAUCGCUUGAAGAGGAGAUUUCCUUCUGGGGAGUCAGUGAAACCGACGUGGAGCCAUGUUGCUGGAAGAACUUCCGACAGCAUCGGGAUGAAGAGGAGGCGUUGGCUGCGUUCGAGCCGGAUGAGGGACCCCCAGACUACGACUCCCUGGUGGGGGGACCCGGGAGGGUGCAGACAAAAGCUUGCAUGCCGAAAAUGUGGGCCCUCUUUGAUGACCCCCAUUCAUCUGUAGCAGCCAUGAUCAUCGGCCUUCUCUCUCUGCUCUUCAUCCUGAUGUCCAUUGUUUGUUUCUGCCUGGGGACCCACUUCAAGCCCAAAGCUCAGCCACGGUACACGGACGAGGAAAAUGUUGAGACUGAUAUUGAUAUUGAUGCUGAUAUGAUCCUGCCCACGCAUCCUGUCCGUGCAUUGGGAAUUAUAGAGCUUCUCUGCGUCGUCUGGUUCACCUCUGAGUUCUUGAUUCGCAUCAUCAGCUGCCCGAAGAAGUUGAAGUUCAUCCUGAACGUCUUGAACAUCAUUGACUUGAUGGCCAUCCUGCCCUUCUACGUGGCGCUGUGUUUGGGCGCGACUCCUGUCCUGCCGCUGAGACACUCCCUGACGUGUCUACUCAUGGUGGCGCGCUGCCUCCGACUCCUGCGGCUCUUUAAGCUGAUGCGACGCGUGGCGGGCGUUCGGGCGCUGGGCCACUCGCUGCGUGCCAGCGCCGGUGAGCUGCUCCUGCUGGCCGCGGCGCUCUGUGUGCUCAUCCUCACGUUCUCCAUCCUGGCCUUUUACGGAGAGAGAGCUACACGUACAAGUAUCAGUAACAUGUCUAUGGGUUUGUGGUUUGCGGUGAUUACCAUGACGGGCGUGGGGUACGGAGACCUUUAUCCAGAAUCGUGGCCUGGGAUGGUGGCUGGCGCUCUGUGCGCCGUCACAGGAGUCUUCUUCAUUGCCAUGCCCAUUCCUGUCCUCGUCAACAAGUUUGCCAAGUACUACGCCCUGACCGAGGCCAAGCAGAGACGCCGGGCCAAGAGCAGGAGGGGUGAUGGGCGGUGUGUGGGGGCCAGCGCCCCCGUGUGGAGGGGAGUGGAAAACAUCAACAAACAGUGAGAGGAAGAAACCAAGAGAAGCAGGGAUUUUACUGCUGGUGUAUUCUAAGACUGCAUGACAUUCUACGCCUAAUUCUUUAUUUUUGAGUUUUUUCUGGAUAUCGCCCUGCAGUUCUGUCUGGAAACCUGCACAUUUAUCUCUCCUGCUUCCUUUCCACGUUGAAACCAAUCACAAACUGGCUUAUUCACCAGGUGCAUCCGGAUCAUUGGUCUCGUUGGUUGAAGGACUAUCCAAGCGUAUGGAGUCAUUUGAACAAUGCCCAUUGAUCACAGCUCUUGCGCAUGCAGUAGAAAUAUAGCGUAUUGAACUUAGGCUGGCUUUACACGACAACGCUCCCGGGUGAAACCGACAAAAUAUUUUAUCAGAUGUGCCUUUCGUUUAGACGGCGACAGCGUUUUGGGGGCUUAAAAACGCAAAAAAAUGAACCCACCCUCCAGAGUGGAAAUCUUAAAGACGCUCCACCGUCGCGUUCCCGUCUAAACGGUUGACAACGCAAAAGUGUGCUCUGAGCUGCUCACGCUGGCUAUCCUCGCAUACGCGUUGACGUCAUAUACAUGUGCAGUACAGCCAAAAAAUAACAAACAUGUCGGAUUAUUUCCAUCAGUCAGACAUUCAAGUGGCCUUAGCUGCUUUGAUAGCUAUUCAGGAGUCCUUUCAGCAAAUAAGCAGAGUAAUUACUGAUAUAUCAGAACAGAGAAGGCAAAUUAAUUACUUGUGAUCCAAUGUCGUUUGCAACAAUAGCUCGACCUCCUCGUCUGUCCAGACAAAGUUGUCUGUCUUGCCUCGCUUCUUCGCCAUGUUUUGGUUUUUGACGGUGGGCUAUUUUCUUUUAAGUCUAUGGCUAUUUCGUGCUACUACGGAGAAAAGUAGAAGGAAGUUUCAAUGCAUGCGCGCACUCUUGGUGUUGUUGUAUGGCAGUGCUCCACAGUAUCACCUAGCCACCUGGCAUGCAUACUACAUCAAAUUUCACACACUUUUGCGUCACCGUGUGCAUGCAGAUUUCCACCCAAAGACGCUCGUCUAAACGCGAAAUAAAAAGUGGGAACGCAACGCCACUUUUGCGGAUUGUGUUCAGAUCGUUGUCGUGUAAAGCUAGCCUUAGUC